CCAAGUCCUAUAAAUAUUACCACCCUCCAGUACUAUGAUAACAAAGAUAAAAAGGUUUUCAUAUGUUGCCUUAAGUGCGGUACUGUCACUCAUGGUGGUGGCGGCCGCAGCGUUUUCGGGUGAAACACGGUGGGCAGAGGCGGCAGUGACAUGUAACCCCAUAGAGCUCAGCCCAUGCUUGGCGGCGGUCAUGUCGUCCACGCCUCCAUCUGAAACCUGUUGCAGCAGGCUGAGGGAGCAGACGCCAUGCUUUUGUGGGUACCUUAACGACCCAUCUUUAAGACAAUUUGCUGAUAACCCCAUCAUUAGAACUGUUGGGAACGCUUGUGGAGUUGCAUAUCCUCAGUGCUAAAACCUCUUCAUUACAAUACUAUACAUACAUGCAUACAUACAUAGGGCAGCAUAUAGGGCUGUUUCUGCUGUCAACUAUAUACUGAUCUGAAUAAAUGAAUAAUGAUGAUGAGAU